AUGCUCCAGCAGUUCGCGCUGCCUUCUGCUGCAGCAGCAACAGCAACAGCAGGCGACGAGCAGCAGCAGCAGCAGCAGCAGCAGCAGCAGCAGCAGGCAGAAGCAACAGAGGCAGCAGGCUCUGAAUCUGGCAACCUUAAGUCUCCUCAAGCAGACUCUCCCACAAGCAAGGACAGUGCUGCACUGCAGCAGCAGCAGCAGCAGCAGCAGCAGGGGUUCCUGCAGCAACAAGAGCAGCAGCAGCAGCAGCAGCAGGGUUCUUUUCAACAAGAAGAGCAGCAACAAGAGGAGGAGAACUCCAGGGCGCACAAAAAUCAGCAGCAGCAACAGCAGCCUAACACAGAGAAUACCCUGCAGCAGCAGCAGCAGCAGCUGCAGCAGCAGCAGCAGCAACAGCAGUUCCCCAGAGAAGAAGGCGACCCGCAGCAGCAACAGCAGCAAGAGCAGAAGCAGCAGCAGCAGAAACAAAAGCAGCAGCAGCAGCUCGAGCAGCAAAAGAAGUAUUUGGCCUCUUUAGAGCAAACGCCGCAGCACGAUGCUGCUGCUGCUGCUGCAGCAUCCCUUGCCCGUUUGAUUGCCAGCAAGCUCCGCAGCAGCAGCAGCAGCAGCAGCAGCAGCAGCACGAGGAGCUGUGAAAAGCUGCAGCAGGACUCAGCUCAUGCUGCUUCCCUGAACCGGCUCCAGCAGCAGCAGCAGCAGCAGCAGCAGCAGCAGCAGCAAAUGUAUGAAUGCCAUCCUGUAGAUUUCCUCCAUGAGCUGCAGUCUCUCCCAAGACCUUUCUGGCCCCGAGAGCAGCAGCAGCAGCAGCAGCAGCAGCAGCAGCAGCAGCAGCAGCAGCAAGAACAAAUAACAGCGGGAACUGUGACUAGUGGCUGUGCUCUCCUUGGCUUCCAGAGUGGCUUGCUGCUGCUGCUGCCGCUGCCCACGCGCGAGCAGCAGCAGCAGCAGCAACAGCAGCAGCAGCAGCAGCAACAGAGUUCUGCUGCAACCGGACAGCUCACAAAUGGCCACAACCCGCUCCAGCAGCAGCAGCAGCAGCAGCAGCAGCAGCAGCAGCAGCAGCAAGUGCACUGGGUGCUGCAGGGCCACCAAGCAGAGAUAACCGACAUAAGUGUGGGGCCCCAGGGCCUCGUUGCUUCUGCUGCAGUAGACGGCAGCGUGCUGCUGCACCUGCUGCCAGCAGCGGUAGCCAGCAGCAGCAGCAGCAGCAGCAGCAGCAGAGGGCCGCAAAAGGCAGCAGCAGCAGCAGCAGCAGCAGCAGUGGUUGUGAGCCCUGAGGUGUCUCUAAAGUAUACUUGCCCAGUUUUAACUGUCUCUCUUUUCCCAGGCUGCAGUUUAUCCUUUUUGCCUUCUGCUGCAGCAGCAGCAGCAGCAGCAGCUGCUGCCUUGCGGAGCUCCACAGCAGCAGCAGCAGCAGCAGCAGCAGCAGCAGCAGCAGCGGGCCCCCCAGGAGGCCCUGUGUUCUCGCGUUUGCGCAGCUCCCAGUGGUCGCGGCAAGCAGCAGCAGCAGCAGCAGCAGCAGCAGCGCAGCAGCAGCAGCAGCAGCAGCAGCAGCAGGAAGUAGGCCUGCGGCCUGUUGCUGCAGUGGGCUGUGCGGAUGGCAGGCUGCUGCUGCACUCCCGGGGAGACUUUGCGCAGCAAGAUUUGCUGCUGCAGCAAGCGGGGGCCCCCGUUUGCUGCUGCAGAUGGAGCAGCAGCUUUUUGGCUUGGUCGGGGGCCUCUGGAGUUGUUUAUGUUUUUCAACUCAGCAGCAGACAAAAGGUUUGCUGCCUGGCCCCCUCUGCUGCUGCUGCUGCUGCUGCUGCUGCUGCUGCUGCUGCUGCUGCAGCAACAGGGGGCAGUGCGCCCGCCGCCGCAGCAGAGCCCGCUCACCCACCUGCAGCAGCAGCAGCAGCAGCAGCAGCAGCAGCAGCAGCAGCAGCAGCAGCAGCAAGGGGGGGGGCUUUGCUGCAGUGGGUCCAGGAAGAUCUGCUUGCUGUUGCUUGGGACUCUGAAGUUCAGCUGCUGCGCAUUGUUAGUUCUGCUGGCCGCAGCGCUGCUGCUGCUGCUCCGCAUGCAGCAGCAGCAGCAGCUGCUGCUGCUGCUGCAGCUGAUGCAGCUGCUGCUGUAUUCUCCGGGCAAAUUGUAGCAGCAGUGGAUCUCUCGGGCAGCAGAGUGCUGGGCACGUUCCUUAGUUCUGCUGCUGCUGCUGAUGCUGCUGCUGCUGCUGCUGCUGCACUUCAGCCGAACCUCUGCAUUGUCACCUUGGAGCCUGCUGCUGCUGCUGCUGCUGCUGCUGCUGCUGCUGCUGCUGAGGAAGCAGCGGAGGAAGCGGGGGCAGCAGUGUCUUUGCUGCUGGUCUCAUGUGGCGCUGGCUCGCUGCUGUCGCGCCAGCGGCUGCUGCUGCCAGCAGCAGCACCACCGGCCGCAGCAGCAGCAGCAGACGCAGCAGAAGAACCAGCAGCAGCAGCAGCAGCAGCAGCAGCAGCAAGGCGCUGCUCCUCAAACAGAGACACGAAGUAUGUUGUUGCCACCAUGGGCGUUGGCGGCUGUCUCCUUUGCUGCGGCCCCCGGGCAUUCACUCAGCAGCAGCAGCAAGCAGCAGCAGCGCUGCUGCCGCACCUGCUGCUGCAGCAAGAUGCACACUGGAUGGAGCUUCUGGGGCUGUUCUCAGAGUAUGGGGCUCUUGCUGCUUUUGGCUUCCAGAUUGCUGAAGCAGCAUCUCGAGAGCCAGCAGCAGCAGCAGCAGCAGCAACAGCAGCAACAGCAGCAGCAACAGCAGCAACAGCAGCAGCACAAAUCAAACCCCCCCCAGCCCUAUACUACGAGCUGCUGCGGCGCCUCCUUAGGUGUGCAGCAGCAUCCAUGCGCAGUCAUUUGGGAGAGCAGCAGCAGCAGCAGCAGCAGCAGCAGCAGCAGCAGCAGCAGCAGCAGCAGCAGGACGAACCGGAGGAGGCCGCGAAGAACGCAGAGUCGCGGCUGCAGCAGCCUGAAAGGAACGAGCAGCAGCAGCAGCAGCAGCAGCAGCAGCAGCAGGAAGGCGUGGCAGCAGCGGAGGCCUUCCUGCGUUGCGUGUCUGCUUCGCCUUUGCUGCCUGCUGCUGUCAGCUGCGAGCUGCUGCAGCGGCUGCUGCAGCUGCCGCUGCUGCGCUGCCUCUCUCCGUGGGGCCCCACAGGCCCUCAAGAGACCCCGCUUGAGGCGCACGAGCGCGUGCUGCAGCAGCUGCAGCAGCAGCAGCAGCAGCAGCAGCAGCAGCAGCAGCAGCAGCAGCAGCAGCAGCAAGAGAGCACCGUCUUGCUGGCGAGUCCCCUUUGGGAACCUUUGCUGCAGGCUUGUGUGCUUAUGGCUCACCAGCUGCGGCUGUUUUGCUGCGCAGCAAAAGCGCUGCUGCUGCUGCAGUCCCCUCGUGCUGCAGUGUACAUACACCGCGUGCUCACGCAGCCAAGCGAAGCAGCAGCUUCUUGCCUCGACGGAUCAGCAGCAGACCAAGCCUCCUCAGCAGCAGCAGCAGCAGCAGCAGCUGCUGCUGCUGCUGCUGCUGCUGCAGCGGGGACUGCGCAGGAAGAACAGCAGAAGCUGCUGCCGUCGCUGGAAAGUGCUGCUGCUGCACUUGCUGCUGCUGUGCCGGAUAUGGCGCUGCAGCUGCUGCAGCUGGACGCAGCAGCAGCUUUGGCGCUGCUGUGUCUGCGGCUGAAUGCAGCAAAGCCGUGGCUCGCGCAGCCAGUGGUCUCCUCGGUUUGCUGCUGCAGCGGCAGCUGCAGCAGCAGCAGCAGCAGCAGCAGCAGCAACAGCUGCUGCUGCUGCAGCUGCAGCGUCUGCGGGCAAAGCAGCAGCAGGGGGGCCCUCUUAUUUGCUGCUGAUGCUGUGGUGCCCCGGCUAGUUUGCUGCGCCCCGUUGCUGCACUUGUACUUAAAAGCUGCUUACAGCUGCAGUCCUGCUGCUGUUGAGGCUUUCUCGCUGCUGCAGGUGUGCCUGCUGCAGCUGCUGCUGCUGCUGUUGCUGCUGCUGCUGUGGUUGCGUGUACCUUGCUGCAGCUUCGCUAGCUUCCUCUUGCCUGCAUUGCUGCUGGGUGCUGUUGCUGCUGCUGCUGCUGCUGCUGCGGUUACUACUAGUGCUGCGCUAGUUUACGGCGCUGAGUUUCUGCUGCUGUGGCUUGCUGCUGCUGCUGCUGCUGCGGUUUGCUGCUGCAGAUCAAACUGUACAUCAUGCUGGAGCCCCAUUUGCUGCUGGACUUUCUUCGUGCUGCAGAUGGCAGCUACGACUACGACCAAGCCUACGCGUUGCUGCUCCAGGAGCGGCAGCAGCAGCAGCAGCAGCAGCAGCAGCAGCAGCAGCAGCAGCAGCAGCAGCAGCAGCACCGGAAACGGGACAGUUCUGCUGCUCCAUCAUGCGAUGGUCCAGCACAGGCGACAGUAG